AUGUCACACAUGACGUCAUUACGACAUUUCAAAACGAGGCUUGGAUUUCCCUUCCGCAUCUCACAUCGAGACGUCAAGGCUUCCGUAGAAGAAGGCAGACGAGGAAAGGCGAAGACGACCACUUUAUCUGGCUUCAAGAUGGGCCAAAUAGAGUGGGCGAUGUGGGCCAACGAGCAGGCGAUGGCUAGUGCCGGAGUCCUUUUACUUGGUGGUAUAGUGGGUGUUUCAGGAAUUUUCAAGAACUGGGGGAUAGCAGUCUAUGGAAUUGUGAUAGCAGUGCUUAUAAUUGUGUUUGAGUAUCCACGUAGUCAGAGAAGGAAAGGGAACACAAUAGAACGAAAGUUUCAACAUAUUCUUACUCCAGCUGUAGCUGCUUUGGGGCCAGUAUCUAGAAACUAUUAUGUUAGAUUUGCCUUGUAUCUGCUGUUCUGUAUACCAUGUUACUUCAUCUUACCCACAGUUUUAGGUGGAAUGUGCCUUCUUGUUACCAGUAUCAUAUACUUUGUUGCUGCCAUAAAGGGAGAACAGUGGAUUCCAAUAAAGAAAACUGAAGAAUCUCGCAGACUACAAACCCUUGAACCUCCAUCACGCCCCCCUCCCCGCACUCCAGUCCAUGCACGAAGGGAUGAAGCCCGCGCGGCAGAACAAAGGAUAUAAAAGGGGGGUAUGGAUCAGUGCUUAUGGGAAGUUUUCAGAUAACUUUUAACCAAGAGGACUGUAUUUUCCAAAAGUAGACAUAUGGAUAAAGGGGACAAGAUGACUAGGAGGCAAUCAGAGAUGUACAGGAUACAUAGGAAGUUUUCAAAAGACAUCUAACUAGCUGACACUUUGUUUUCUGAAAGUCAUUGUUCGGAGGGUGAAGAUUAUAUGCAGAUAUCAAUCAUUUCUGUUGCAGUAGACACUGCUUUGAUCUUAGAAUUAUUAUCAUUAUUGUUAAAUAUACAGUAUCUAGUCCUUCAGAUACUUUACCAUAGGUGCUUAUAUCUAUACAAAAUAUACAGUACGGGAAAACCCAGUACUUUUCACGCUUUUCACUUACAUCAGCUACAUUUUUUUAGACCAUAUUUAUAUCAUAUCAUGUCCAUUUAGCAGUCAAGUCAAAAUGACUUCAUGUUAAUAAUAACAAAUUAGUCUCUGGUUACAUCAUGUAGUACAGGGGCAGAUCCACUGAUAUUUUCUGACAGUCUUCCUAAUAAUCUUUGUUGAUUCUGCCGUCUUUAGACAGAAAAAAUUAGAUGCCCAUCAAAUUGACAAUGUAAACUUGAAAGAUCCAACGGUCUUUAGGAAGACCCGGAUGAUGGGUAGUCUACCCUUGUAGUACUUAAACCCCUCUAUAAAAUGGUGUUUUUAUUGGACUCAGAUUGGCAAUUUAAAAGUUUAAUUCUACAAUUGAUAUUAUUUUUGAUAUUUUAUUUACAUAACCAUUAAAAUAAUAUUCAUGUGACAAUCAUAACAUUGUAUAUUUUUGGUAUUUAAAGUAACUUGAAAUCCUUCCAAAUACUUGGCAUUGAUAAAUAAUUUGACCAAAGUGUGUAAGUAUAAAACAAACUUCUUUGAAACUCAUGAUAUAGAAGUUGAAAAUUCAUGAAUUAUUUUACCAUUUAUCAGAUUGCUUUCAGGUUUAUGCAGGUAUUCAUUUGGUGCCAAGAUAUACUGUUUUAUUUCCAGAGCACUGUUGCUCAACUCAAAUACUCUCUGGCUUCUUCCUCUCUGCUUGAUACUGUGUUCAAUAUUCAAAGGUUUCAUAAAACAAACCAAGUGUCUAUUGGGAAGUGAACUGGACGCUUCCUGUGUAUACUACACCUUUAGCUGAAGCGAAAAAGAAUAAAAACUUAAUAUUAAAUAGUUUAGGUUAUUUAUAUGGUUAUUUAUAUGAAAAGCAAAGAAAUAUAUUUAAAGUAAAUAAUAAACAUAGUUAAAUAAUA